CAUUUCCAUAAGGUAAUAAAUUAGCAAGUUUUGAUGAACCUCGAAUCUGAGGUGCUAUAUAAGUUAGGCAUUCCACAAAAUGUGUUAGUACUCGACCAAUUUUUAUACGUAUAAAACAAACCGGAUCAAGAUGAUGAACAAGGUACUCGUGUUAUUUGCCGUCCUGGCGUUAACGUUCGCUGUUCCGGUUCCUCAACCAGAAGAAGUCGAAAUUUUGAACGUCGCCGAAUCUGCAAGUCCUCACCAUCACCACCAUCACCAUCACGGUGGAUGGGACGGCGGUUACGGCGGCGGCUGGGGAGGCCAUGGUCACGGCGGUUGGGGUGGCGGUGGAUGGGGUGGCGGUUGGGGUGGCGGCGGAUGGGGAGGUGGAGGUUGGGGCCACGGUGGAUGGUGAUAAAAUAUUUGCGCGUUAUUACAAUUCAAAGUGUGUAUAAAUAAAGUUUUGCGAUACCUUUCUUUGUGAUUUAUUGUAGGCUAAGAAAUUAUAGAUUUCAUACCGAGCUAGGAAGUGGUUUAUUACCUAGGCCGAGGGCUUUGUAUAAGCGCGGAGAGUUGGUUAUGAACCACUUCCCAGCUCGGUUUGUACUCACAAUCGAUCAUUUAAAAUAAUGUCUGUAGUGGAAUGUUUAUCAUAAUUUAUAAAUAUAAGGUAGCUGUAUCAUCGUUCCUAGGCAAAAUGACAUGAUA